AUGGCCUCUUCUCUCUCUCCAAGUGAGCCUCCGACUCACAUUCGAAUUUUGACCCUUAAUUGCUGGGGUCUGAAAUUCAUCUCCAAGUAUCGCCAUGAACGUCUCUCCGAGAUUGGGCGGCAGCUGGCUCUGGCCAACCCGCCGCCAGAAAUAGUGGGCCUCCAGGAGUGUUGGACACAGCAGGACUACGAGAGCAUUCGCGACCAAACGCGGCAUAUACUACCAUACGGCAAAUUCUAUUUCGGAGGAAUUUUCGGCGCAGGACUGGCCAUUCUGUCGAAAUGGCCCAUCGAGGAGAGCAGCAUGUACGGUUACCCGUUGAAUGGACGACCAACGGCUUUCUUCCGGGGUGACUGGUUCGUGGGAAAAGGAGUUGCCUGUGCUAGAGUCCGAUUCGGACCUGGGGUGGCUGAUGUCGCCGAGGUCUUUUGUACACACCUGCAUGCACCGUAUGAGCGUGAGCCGAACGACUCCUAUCUAUGCCACCGCACCGCUCAAGCUUGGGAGAUCUCCAAGCUUAUGCGCGGCGCUGCUGAGCGUGGACAUCUAGUUAUUGGUUUGGGAGACUUCAAUAUGCUACCCUCUUCUUUCGCCCACAAGUUGAUCUCGGCCCAGAGCCCUGUCCGUGACGUCUGGCGCGAACUGCACCCCGACUCGUCCGUCGGCGCAGCCAUUGAUGCCGUCGAAAAGGCACGAAACCGACCAAUCCCAUCCGCCGAAUUCAAUUUGAUCGAGAAUGGCGCUACUUGCGAUGGUGCUUUUAAUACAUGGCGCUGGUCAAAAGCUAUGCAGAAGCAGCUCGACAAAGGUGACGAUUUGCCUGUAGACAAGGACGCCCCGGACAUUCGCGCCAAACGUCUCGAUUAUAUCUUCGUUGGCGAUGGCGGCUAUGCUCCGGAAUUCCCUCCUCCAAGAUGGUCCGUCGAGUCUGCACAGGUCAGCAUGACCCAGCGCCAUCCCACACUCCGCUGUUCCUUGAGCGACCACUUUGCUGUCGAGGCUGUUAUUACUCGAUCUCCGACGGGAGUAGCUCCCUUGGCCUCAACCCAGACCGAAUCAGUCCCUUCGCCCACCUCACCACCCCUUGAGAAGACAACUUCUACCUCGUUGGCACCAAAUGCCGCUCUGUCUCCGCAGACAUACGACCUCAUCAUUGAGAUGAUACAUACCUAUUUGCGCCGCGAGCGAUCACAGCGACGCUGGCGUCUCGCUCAUUUUAUUGUCUCUGUAUUUGUCUCUAUCGGAUGCAUGGUCGGCGUAUGGUGGGUCGGCAGCCGCACUUAUAUCGGGUUCAUCUUGAAUCUGGUCAGUACCCUGAACUUCGGGGCUGGUAUUCUGGAUGGAUUAAUCGGUGGACUGUUUGUUUCGAGUGAGCUUCGUGCACUGAAGGAGUUUGAAUGGGAGGUACGGAAUGCGAGAAGUCUGGUUCUUGCUGCGGAGAAGGGCCGUCCUGGAAGCUCCUAG